AUGCCACACCCUUUUGCCAAUAUCCCGGUUGGAAAGCUUGAGAGCCUCAAUGCAUUGCAAGCUCAGUUUACAGCAGAUACUCGCCCGGAGAAGGCUGAUCUCAUGUGUGGUGUGUAUCAGACGGAACAGGGAACUCCCUAUGUCUUUCCAUCCGUUAAACUGGCACGACAAAUGAUGUCUGAUGAUCCUGAAUGGGAGCAUGAAUACCCGUCCUCUCAUCUCGGCGAGGCUGCCUUUCGGGAUUUGAUCUUGCGUAGCUACAAGAAUGCUAACAUUUAUAUUUGCUUCUUUAUGUACAGACUUGCAUCUAUGCAGUCUCUGGGUGCUAGUGGUGCAUGCCAUAUGGGCGCCAAGUUCCUUCGGCUACAUUAUGAGCCUUACAAGGCCAAUACGAAAGCCAAGAUAUACAUUCCCGCAGAAUCAUGGGCCAACCAUGUGAAUGUGUUUCAAUACGUUGGUUUUGAAGUGGAAACCAUUCCAUAUUACAACGCAGUAAAUCACUCCUUUGAUAUGGAGGCGUUUACCGCGUUCAUCACGGAUAUUCCCGAUCAAUCCAUUGUCGUACUCCAAGUCUGCGGAAACAAUCCCACGGGCUGUGACCCAACACCACAGGAAUGGCAAGCUCUUGCACAAACAUUCAAGGCAAAGAGCCAUUUUGCCUUUUUAGAUCUAUCAUAUCCUGGUUUUGGCUCUGGCAACGUGUAUGACGACUGCGUCCCCAUCAGGCUGUUUACGACGCUAGAGAUCCCAUUAGCACUUGCUGUAACCUAUGGAAAGUCAUUUGGGCUAUACGGCGAACGAGUCGGACAUCUUUGUCUGCCUUUGCCUACCGAGGAACUGACGAAACGAGCUGAAACACACAUGAAGCUGCUAGCGAGAGCCGAGACUGGUGCGCAGCCACGAUUCGGAGCCAAAAUUAUUGUUAAUAUUCUGAAAACACCGCACUUGAAGGCCGUGUGGGAGGAGGACUUGCGUGGUCUGGCAAUAGACUUGCAUAAGCGACGAAGUCUAUUACAGAAAACGCUGACGAAGAAUACCACCACACCAGACUGGAGCUUCGUCACAGACCAAAGAGGCAUGUUUUUGUUUACAUCAUUUGACGCUCAGCAAAUUACCUACUUGAGAGAAGAAUGCGCAGUGUAUCUUCAAGAUACUGGAAGGCUGUCUAUAGCAGGACUGAACUCGAAAAAUAUCCCACAUGUUGCCAAGAGUAUGGCAGAUGCUGUUGAGCUUCAUAAGGACUAA